UUCACUCUGCUUCAAACUGCAAAGGCAAAUAAAUGCGUCCUGUUACCAUGGUGACAGGUAACCCAGUAGCUCAGGCUAAAGCCACAGCUUCAGUCGCGUUUCAGAUAUUGAAAGCAAAACUGAACUUUUGGAAAUUUACUCGAAGCUAUACAAGACUAACGAUGUUACCUGAGAUUCAGAGUCUCAGAACAGCAGCUGUACUGGAAGACUGCGCACACCAGUUGGCCAUACUAGGACAUUCCCUGUCAGUGCAGAUCAGGAGGGAGCGAAACACUGCUCCUGUACAGGAGAAAGCCAGACUGAUAAUGCUGAAAAAAGAAUGUCAGCUCAUCACCCAACACAUCUCCACGCUGUUCUUUGAGCUCGAGGAGAAGGGGAGUUUUAGCUCAUUUCCACAGGCUGUGGAGGAGAAGAAGAAACUGAAAGAUGAGAGGCAGAAAAGAGAGGAAGAAACAAUGCUGAAACAGAAAAAACAGGCUCUGAAGAGACAAGAAUUAGAAAUCAUGGACAAAAAGGAUCAAUUGCAUAAAAUGGACUUUCUUUUGGAUGAGCUGAAGUACCAAAGAUCCAAAAUGCAGAAGAAUUAUAAACCAGAAACUGUGGGCAUGUCCCAGCAAAUGAUAACAGAGAAAUGGCAGAUAGCUCAGCUGAAGGACCAGCUGGAGCUUCUGCAGAAACAGCUUGGAGAAGAGAAGAGAUUUCAUGAGGAGUCUAAGAACUUCCUCCAAAAUCAAGAUGAGGAGCUGCAACAGACGCUGCACAAGUGGAAGCAGCAAACUAAGCAGAUACAGAAUGAUACGCAGAAGAAGCUUGAUAACAUAGGCUGCAAAAGAACUCUGAACUUAGACAGAUUGAUGGAGAUGAGGAGGAAGUUCAGGGAGAUGGAACAGGUGGUGAUGGAAGACAAAAAGGAGCAACAGAAACUACGUCAACAAGAGACAGAGGCUAGAGCUGCCACGAAGCUUCAGGCAUGGUGGAGAGCCUGUAUGGUCCGCCAAGGCUUCGGCGCUUUCAAAAAAGCAGACGAGAUCAAGAAAGGCAAUAAGAGAAAAGGGAAGAAGAAGUGACAUUUCCUAAAAGACAAUUGUUUGCAAAUUAAGUAAAAAUUGACGAAAAUUGUUUUACUUUAUGCAUGUCUUUAUUUUAAAAAAAGUCUACAAAAUCUUAGUCAUUUUAUACAUAUAGCAAAAUCAAAAAGCCAAGAGAUCAGAAGCAGUAUAUUUGAAAAAUAUUACAAAUAGAACAGUAUGAACUUUAUUUAAAAUGGGAUUACAGUCACCAGGUGGCUAGGAAGCCAAACGUUGGCAAGAUGCAUAGUGCAAAUUAAUGUGUGGAUGUGCAUAAUUUUCUUCAGAUAAAUAAACACAAAACUGAAGUAAUUAUUUACUACAGCUAGAAACCACUGAUCAGGCCCAAAAUCUGGGUAUAGUGAUGGACUCAGACUUGAACCUCUAGAGGCACAAAAGACAGUCACUAAGUCUGCCUUUUAUUGCCUGAAGAACAUUUCCAGGAUUAAAAGACAAAUAUUCCAGCAGAAUCUAGAAGAAACCCUCAUUCACUAGUUUCACAUUGAUUACUGCAAAAGAGUCUUCACAAAAGUCAGUCAGACAGCCGCAGCUGAUUCAGAACGCUGCUGCCAGCAUCCUCACUAAAACUUAGAAAGUAGAGCACAUCAACCCAGUCCUUGCGUCCUUACACUGGCUCCCUGGAUCUCAGAGAAUUUAAAUUAGAGACUUUAAAUUACUUCUUUAUAAGUCACUGAAUCGCUUAGCACCAAAAUACGUUAAAGAUUUAUUGGUGUUGUAUCAACCCUCCAGACCACUCAGGUCUUCUGGUUCAAGUCUACUCUGUAUCCCCAGAACCAAACAUGGAGAAGCAGCAUUCAAGUUGUAUACUCAACUUAUCUGGAACAAACUCCCAGAAGACUAAAAACCCUAAAACCCUGAGUUCUUUUUAAUCAGUGUUAAAAACCCAUUAAUUACCCAUUAAUUUUAGUCUGUAGUUCUUUACUUGCCUUUAUUAUACCUCUGCAAUGUAUUUUUAUGUUUUCAUCAUGUAAAUCACUUUAAACUGAAAUGUGCUAUACAAAUAAACUUGCCUUGCCUAAUUA